CUGGUCCCUACAGCCUCCGCUGUGAGCGCUCCGCGUCCUUCAGCGUCACAGCCCUGCCCCACCCGCUGCUCUUACACCCCGACUUCAGCUCAGAACCGAGACGUGCGGGCCAGUUCCAGCUCUCUUCAUUUUAUCUGACAGACAAAGAGCCAGAGGGCACAGCGUCCCACAAGCACAACUGGGCCGACAGGCCUAAAGCUGAGAUAGCUGGCCUGCAGCAAAGACUGUGUCGGACUCAGCCGGGCUGCCGGCUGAGUUUACCAGAACAAGGCACUGAUGACAACUCAGCUUUUCCUGUCAUCGCAGAGGCGGUCUCCCUGCGGGCGGUGAACUCUGGAGGCCGGGGCAAGUCUCUGGUCCUCAAAGGUCCAGCACUGCCCCCCACGCCCUGGAUGCUGACUGGUGACUAA